AUGUUUGCCGAGGUGCUGAUUGGUGUCCUCAUCGAUUUUUCCCUUGCUUUCAUUGAUCUAUUCUCUUUAUAUCUUUUAUUCAAAGCGAAACGAUUAGCCCCAAUGUAUCGAAUCAUUCAACUAGCGUUGAUCACUGAUUUUCUUGAGAUUUCCAGUCGUCUAAUACAUGAUUAUAUUGAUCGAAUCACUGAACAAGAGAAUUUCGGAACACGUUGGUAUGGUCAAUUGAUGUUGACGAUUCUUUUGGCUUUAUGUCAUUUCGCGAUCAUCUUAUUACCAAUGAGAUUUCAAGCAUUAACGACAAAGACGAUGAUCUUUAUCAUUGUCAUCUUUGCUGUUAUCCCGGCUUUCGCCAUCACAAUCCCACUUUUCUUUGCAUGUUGUGGCUUCAAAUUCUACCUCACUGGCUACUAUUGGAAUCUUGACAAUUCUAAGCCCGGCUAUCAAUUCUAUACACUUUUGGGAAUCAUCUUGCAGCUGAUAGCUGUCGCUUUCUUGGUACUCUCUGAUGUG